AUAAAUUACACACUAUAAAUCUAUUGGAUGGAUAAAAGAUUCAAACAUACUUUAGUUGCCCAUAAAAUAUGUCCUUACAGUAUGAAAGUCCUAACAGUUAUGAGACACAAAAAUGUGAAAUUCGAAAUCAAAUUCAUUGAAACUCACAAUAAACCAGAAUGGUUUCUUAGAAUUAGUCCUCUAGGGAAUGUACCUGUUCUAAUCAUAGGAGAAGAAAGUAUUUAUUAUUCGUAAAUAUUAGUUGUUUUGUCAGAAUCAGCAGUAAUUAUGGAAUAUAUUGAUGAAAUCACUCCUCCUAAAUUGAUGCCAGAUGAUCCUCUAGAGAAAGCUAUAGAUAGAGCCAAGUUUGAAUUUUCCAAUGAGAUUAUUCGAAAUCUUUAUACUUUCAUUUUCUCUACUGAAUAAGAAGUAAUUCUCAAUAUUAAAAUUUUAGAAAUUUGUUAGAUAAAAAGAAUGGCUAAUGAAACAUUUCAAAUGGAUCGAAGAAUGGUUAAAGGACAAAAAGUACAUUAAUGGAAAUGAGCUAUCCCUAGUGGACCUAAGUUUUGUUCCCUUGUUUGUAGCAUUGAAUAUGCUCAAAUCUACAUUGCCAUGUGACAUGUUGAAAGACUUUAAAAGAGUAAUCUAUGGUCUCUAAUAUAGUUAAAAAUAUAUGGAGAAAUGAUAACAUCCUUACCUUGUGUUAAAACUGGCAGAGUUCCAGACUAUGAAUUUCUGAUGAUCGAUGGCAUCAAGAGUCAGAAUACAGUUCUCUAUAGAUCUAACCCAUGUUACUUCAAUAAUGGUGCUAAGCCUUAAGGAUGUUGUCUCUUUCGUAAUUGAUUAGUUUUAUAAAUCAAUUUUUCUUCCUUUAUGAUUGCU